UAACCACACCGGUCAAAGGUCACACGUCAUCUCCUGUGGGAGAUGCCUCUGAUAGAUGUGCUCAUUGUGCUUGAUGCCAGGUGUACAGCACACACUCCUGCAGACAAGACUGCAGGAGACGUCUGGCGAUGGAGCUGUGCGGGUGUCAACCAUUCUACUACUUCUAUGCUGCUGGCCCGACAUGUACAGUGCGCGGCAUGCGCUGCCUGUCUCUCCAUCAGCACCGUCUGUUCACUCUGGAGGGCCAGCGCUGUUCCUGCAGCCAGCAGUGUGUGGACGCCGUGUUCAAGGAAGCCCUGGAGAAGAUUGAGAACAUGACAGGAGGUCCGUUCGGGCUCCAAGGGUCCGUUCACUACACCCUGGAACAGCCUCGCGAGAGAUACGUCAGAUAUAUCGUGUUCUACUUCCAGGACCUGGUGGUGUCAUUCGGCGGCGCGGCUGGUCUCUUCCUGGGAGCCAGCUUCAUCAGCUUCGUGGAGGUCGGAUACUUCCUCAUCGAGAGACUCACGAGGUCGUCUCCAACACGGACCGUGACGGAUGAACAAAAAGAUGAAGUCAAGAGAUAA